AUGAUUCUUCAAGCCUCAUCGCUUCAAUUUCCUGCAACAGACAUCACUUUCAUCGCAACUUCAAUGACUGCAGCAAGAAUCUGCAACCAUGAAUUGAGUCAACAAUUAUCAUCUGUUUUCGUUGAAACACUCACCGAGACAAGCUUCUGUCUCACUGAGACGGAGAUAUUGAGAGAGGCAGAGGUAGAAAGGCUUCGCAGCAAAGAGGACGGUGGAAAGAGUAUGUAUACAGCGUUACGCUUUGUUCAUCAAAAGAGAGCAAAAUCUGAAACUGAAGUGGAUGGAGCAUCGAAGUCAGAGACGGGUGAUUGA